AUGGAGCGUCUGGACUUGCUGGGAUUCCUCAUCGUCACGCUGAACUGCAAUGUGACCAUCGUGGGGAAGAUCUGGCUUCUCCUCACGAUGCUGCUGCGCAUGGCCGUGGUGGUCCUGGCUGGGGCUCCCGUCUACCAGGACGAGCAGGAGAGGUUUGUGUGCAACACCCUGCAGCCGGGAUGCGCCAAUGUGUGCUACGACCUCUUCUCCCCUGUGUCCCACCUGCGGUUCUGGCUGAUCCAGAGCGUGUCUGUUCUCCUGCCCUCGGCCGUUUUCAGCGUCUAUGUGCUUCACAGAGGGGUCGUGCUCGCCGCCCGCGGGCCCUGCCGCCCAGAGUGCCGUCCCGAGGGCCAUGACCCCUCUGACUUGACCCCUGGGGACAGGAGCUGCCCACCGCCCUACAGGGAGGCACGCAACCUGGACGUGCCAGACUUCUCCUGCGGCUACAUGGUCCACCUCUUUCUUCGGACUCUGACGGAGGCAGCCUUCGGCGCCUUGCAUUACCUCCUCUUUGGGUUCUUGGUCCCAAAGAGAUUCUCGUGCACCCGCCCUCCGUGCACCAGCGUGGUGGACUGUUACGUGUCCCGGCCCACGGAGAAGUCCAUCAUGAUGCUCUUCCUCUGGGCCGUCAGCGUGCUCUCCCUCCUGCUCAGCGUCGCCGACCUGGCCUGCAGCGCGCGGCGGCGGAUGCGCAGGGGGUCGGGCCGGGGGUGCGGGGCCGCGCGGGCUCCCCGGGGACAGGGCCUCGCCGGGGGCAGGAGCCCAGGGCACGUGGCCAGGGCGGGCGAGUGGGAGGGAGGGGCGGUGCCCGCUCUCCCUGCUCGGUGGGCCGGAGGGGAGGGUGCCCACAGUCCCACCGGGAGGUCGGUGUCCGGGUUGAUGGAGCUUCCAGACGAGGACGAGAGUGAGGCAAUGUCCUUAGCCAGCGACAAGCCGGCCAGGGCUGGCCCAGAGCCGGGGAGCAGACACCAUGGAGAAGCGUCCCAGGAUCUAAGGAGCGAGGGCCUUGCCGGGUCAGAGGAGCCUCCUCCAGCGCCCAGGAGCCGGCUGGCCCGGCGCUGCCUGUCCAGCCCGUUGCAGCCCCCCGCCCGGCCGGGCCCCGCGGGCAGUGUCCCGGUCCUGAGAACCAGGAGGUCAGAGUGGGACUCGUCACUUCUUUCAGGGUAUCCAGAGAAAGAGCAGGUUUCUGCACUGAGUAAACGCUAUCCUAAAAUUCUAGAACUUGAGCGAAGUUUCAGCAUGAGAGAUUUCCGGAUGCUCCCCUUGGAACCCGCAGGCCUGCGCUCUGUUUCCUGCUCCCUGCCCGGCCUCACCACCCCGCAGCUCUGCUGUUUGCCUGCCUCCCUGACCGCCCCGGCCUCUGCUGGCCAGGCUGCCUAUUUCCACUUCUGGCCCCUCUCCCCAGCGCCAGCUCCACCAGGGCAGACGCCUCGCCUUCCUCCAGGGCCCUCGCUGCAGCUCCUCACUAAACUAGCAGACAGACUUUGUGCCCUGGGGCGUUUUUGCCGGGUCCUCCCACGCUGCUGUGCUGUUCGCAUCUUCCUCCCGCAGGACUCGAGCAUUCCAGAGCAGAUGCUUCCCCCUCGCUUCCCUUUGGCUGACCUUGUUCCCAGCGCAGUUUCUAUUCCUUGGUGCGUUUCCCCGAACACCUGGCUGAAUAACGGGGGACAGCGCUCGUCCAACCCCACCCAGCAGCAUUCAUGUGUGGCGGUGGAGAGUGGCCACGGACCCAGCAGAUCAGCUUCCAUGUGGGAAACUGACAAGUAG